AUAUAAAUGGCUGAAAAUCAAAACGAAAACGUUGCAAAAAUGAAGCAAACUGAAAAUUUCGAAAAAUGGAAUAACCUUCCCCCGGAGAUCAAGUUGAUGUUCACUAGGACACUGGAUUUUGAAACAAGAACCAAUCUCCGCAAUACCGCCUCCACCGAAAAAUCAAUCGUCGACAUAGAGAGAUUCAACUUCGACAGAGUUCAAAUCUUCGGCUCCGAAUGUAUGGUAGAAGCUACAAAAGGCACAGAAGGCCUGUUCAUUGGCGAUUCCUGGACAGAUCAACUCAACGCAAAUCAGUUCAUCCCAGCUCUGGCGUUUAUUCUCACCAGCUGCUCAAUUGAAAAUCUGGAUGUUCUGGAUUCCAGAAGCCUUGUGAAUUUGGAUGAGUUGAAUAAGCAAGUGCCACUGGAAUCAAUUCAAGUAAAGAAUUUCAACGCAGAUACACAUGAUGAUGUGAUGGUUUCUUUUCUACUUGAUAGAUGCUGGAAAAACGUGGAUUCAAUGGAGUUGUACCCGGGGACCGUGCAGUUUCUGGAUAAGCUUCCGAUUAUUCCUUCGGUAAUGAACACAAAACGUUUGAAAGUCAAAAACAACUUUGAUGACAUGAAGCCCUAUCAUUUGCGGCAGUUUGUUGAGAACUGGAUAACGAAUGACUCUGAAGUCGGCACCAAGCUUGAAAUCACUUUUUGUCGUCGGGAAAUUUUCGAUCCUGUGGUUUUCGAUUUUCAGUCUCAAAAUCGAAAAAUAUCCGAAAACGACGGAUUGGUGAAAAUCACGACAGAAAAUAAGGAAAAGAAUAUACUUUUGAAAUUUGUUCCCAGGGAUUAUUUGGAAGACAUCAAAUGCGUUGUGAUACCUUCGAGUGUGAAAGAGGCCGAAUAUGAAGAGUGGCUUAAUUUUUGAGUUUCAGGCUUUUUAAAGUACUUUUAUAUGUCAAUAAAUGAACAAAUUCUU